CAGCGCUUCACUCCUGACAAGACUGAAGUGGCGCACAGGUGGUCUGCGGAAAAUCUACAGGUUUGACAUGGACAUCAGUCUGAGGAGGAACUGUACGUUAGCACACACGAACAAUUCGUUUGCUUUCUCUGUUUAGACGAGCGGAAACUUUCUACUUGUAACUUUGUGCAGGCGCUUAAUUCUCACUGCGCCACUCCACUAGUUUCAUUCUUGGCUCUCCCUGAAGAUGCGCUACGAGCUGAGAGGAAGGAUGGCGAUAACCCUGAAGAAUAAACCAGUUAAUCUCAUCACAGGACUGGUCAUUGUUUUCCAGUUUCAAAUGAGCUUCAUGAAGCUGAAAUCAGUUUAUGGAGUAUACCGCACUGACACCCAGGAGCUGUCCCCCCCAGAGGGAAGGUUGUAUGUAGUCACAGGGAACAACAAGCCUAGGGAGAGGAGGUGGGCAUCCAGGCCCAGGACUGGCGCCCCUGGCUGGGCUGCAGAUAAGAGGGGCCACUACAGAGACCAGCACCAACCAGAGGAGUCAGAUCCAGACCUGCUGAUGGAGGAGGGACACGACAAUUCUACACAGAUUGUGGACAUUGAUCACGCCUACUACACGUCUAAAAUUUACGGUCCUGGAGAGACAGCCAGUAAAGAUCUGUGGGUGAACAUCGACGAGCAGGAAGAGGACAAGUGGAAGUUCUGUGGCUUCCUGUCCAGCACCCACAGACAAGCUGAGAGAGUGACUCUGUCCUUUGACUUUCCUUUCUAUGGUCAUAAACUAAGAGAAGUCACAGUGGCAACUGGAGGUUUUCUUUACACUGGAGAUAUAAUUCACCGAAUGCUAACAGCCACUCAGUACGUUGCUCCGCUGAUGGCAAACUUUGACCCGAGUCUGUCCAAAAACUCGACUGUGUUUUACUUUGAUAAUGGCACUGCGUUGGUGGUUCAGUGGAACAGGAUUCACCUCCAAGACAACAUCACAGUGGGAACGUUCACCUUCCAGGCUGUUCUGCACAGUGAUGGACGCAUCAUCUUUGCAUACAAAGAGAUUCCUAUAGACAUCAAUGACAUCAGCACUGAGAAUCAUCCUGUCAAAGUGGGCUUGUCGGAUGCUUUUGUGGUGCUUCGAGAGAUAGAGCAGAUCCCCAAUGUUCGGAGGAGAACCAUUUAUGAGUAUCACAAAGUCGACAUCCUCAAGUCCAAAAUCUCCAAUUCUGCAGCUGUGGAGAUGCUGCCGCUCCCUACAUGUCUCCAGUUCUCCAGCUGUGGCCCAUGUGUCACUUCUCAGAUCGGCUUUAACUGCAGCUGGUGCAGUCGGCUACAAAGAUGCUCCAGUGGGUUUGAUCGUAACCGGCAGGACUGGGUGGACCUCGGCUGCCCAGAGGAGAGAAGAGAUCCCCGGUGUGUCCAAAUGACAGACGUCACAAACACAACAUCUCACCACCUCACGCGUACGACCGCUCCUGUUACAACGACCACAAUGCAGCACAGGACCUCCAGCGUGACCUUGAUCCCCUUCAGGAAGACAUCCACUGUCACCAACCCAUCAACACACAGCAGCACGAGCAGAAGAAUAAUAUCCACUGCGCAGAUUCCCACCAGCAAACCUGCAGAAGAUGACACAAAGAUGUCUUUGCACAUCGAUGAAGCACCAGGAGGCGAGCAGGCCACAGGAGACAGUGAUGAGCGGCUGCAGAUUGGUCUUCUGGUGGGCAUCGUCACGAUGAUGGUCAUCAUAGCAGCAGCCGUCUUCACGUCUGUCUACAUGUACAACCACCCCACCUCGAGCGCCAGCAUCUUCUUCAUGGAGCGGCGGCCGACCCGCUGGCCAAUCAUGAAGUUCAGGCGAGGCUCCGGACGUCCCUCUUACGCCGAGGUGGAGGCUCCUGGUCAGGACAAAGACUGCAUGGUGGUCAUCGACCCCAAACAGUCUUUUGUCCUGUCAGACAGACGAGAGAGUGAACAGAAAGAAGGAUUCAUAGUUCCCGAUCAGAGGGAGCGCUUCUUAGUCUCAGAGAGCUCCUGACCAGAACUACGUAUCCCAGAAAACCUUGGGAUA